AUGAGCCCUGGCACCAUGACGUCUCGAGAGGUCUUUCUGUUGCAUCUCAACGACGACGGCUCGCCCGACGUCGCCGGCGAGUACGUUUACCUCGCCCCCAAGUCGAGGGACCCCGUCACCGUCCGCUUCGUCAUCGAGGGUGCGUCUUCCAUUUGCCGCCAUGGCAGCCUAUGGGUCAACAUCCCCGACAAGGGUCAGGACUUUCGCCGCGACAAGUUUCGCGAGUUCCCCUUGAAACCCGACUUCAACCGCCCCAUCGAAAUUUCCGUUCCCAUAUACGAAGCUGGCGCAUUUGCCUUUUACACCACCUAUGCAGAGCUGCCUGACUUGCGACCGACCCUUGACAACACCGACAAGGCGUCGCUCAAGCAGACUCCAACCUAUUACAUCGAUGUUGCUCCCCGUUUGACUCUCGACGGUCGUGCCCUGCCGCUCCCCGCCCUCUCCGUCUUUUCCAUCAUCAGCAAAUUCAUGGGCCGCUACCCGCAAGACUGGGAGGCUCAUCUCAGCGGAAUCAGCGGAAGGGGCUACAACAUGGUUCACUUUACGCCACUGCAGGUCCGUGGCGAAUCCAAUUCGCCUUAUAGUCUUUAUGAUCAACUUGGCUGGGACCCCGUCUGUUUCCCCAACGGCGAAAAGGACGUAAAGCGCAUGAUCGAUAGCUUGGAAAAGAAGCACUCGCUACUGAGCUUGACCGACAUUGUCCUCAAUCACACCGCCAGCAACACGAAAUGGCUGCAGGAACACCCCGAUGCCGCCUACAAUCUUGCUACUGCCCCUUGGCUCCAGUCUGCUUACGAGCUUGACACCAAGCUCCUAGAGCUAGGCAACAACCUUCAAGAGCUUGGAUUGCCCGUAGACCCCAAGUCUACAGACGACUUGCUCAAGAUCAUGCAAGUCGUUAAAAACAAUCUCCUUACAGAGUUGCGCCUGUGGGAAUACUAUGUGCUAGCCGUCGACCCUAAUGCUGAUGCUAUUGUGCAAGCUUGGGUGGAUGGAAAGACAUUUGCCCCUCCCAAGGAAUCGGCUGAGUCGUUUUCUCUUGAGGGGCUCCAAGGAGAUGUACUUGCCGACCAAGCCGCAUUCCUCAAAACAUUCGGUCUCAAAGGUCUCGAUCACUUAGGCGACCGAUUCAGGCGAAAUGUUGACCCCGCGGUUGGCGCCACUGUCUUGUCCUUUGCUCUCGGCAAGUAUCAAAAAGAUGGCCACUCCGCCACCAAGGGUGCCGCCAGGGCAAAGACGACCAAAAUUCUAGAUGCUCUAAAUGUUCCAUUUUACGAAGAGUACGAUACCGAUAUAAAAGAAGCAUUGGAACAGCUGUUCAACAGGAUCAAAUAUGUUCGCUUGGAUGACAACGGACCCAAGCUUGGUCCAAUCAACAAGGAAAACCCCUUGAUUGAAUCUUAUUUUACACGUCUCCCCAAGACCAGCGCCACUUCCAAGCUUAAGCCUAAGGAUAUGGCCCUGGUCAACAAUGGCUGGGUUUGGGGCGGCAACGCGCUGGUCGACAAUGCUGGACCUCAGUCCAGAGUAUACCUCCGCCGCGAGGUUAUUAUCUGGGGUGAUUGUGUAAAGCUUCGGUAUGGCUCCAAGCCAGAAGAUAGUCCAUGGCUAUGGGAACAUAUGACCAAAUAUGCCCGCCUCCUUGCCAAGUACUUCGUCGGCUUGCGCAUUGACAACUGCCACUCCACCCCCAUUCACGUGGCUGAGCAUAUCCUGGACGAGGCCCGAAGGGUGCGACCCGACUUGUAUGUUGUCGCGGAGCUGUUUUCUGGCUCUGAAGAAACCGACUAUAUUUUUGUCAAGCGCCUUGGCCUCAGCUCGCUUAUUCGCGAAGCCAUGCAGGCGUGGAGUACUGCCGAGCUGAGUCGCCUGGUCCAUAGACACGGCGGCCGACCUAUUGGGAGCUUUGAGGUCGAUGAAGUUUCCACCACAGAUACCGCCAGCGGCAAGGGAAACUUGUCGAGAGAAAUCGUCAAGCAAAUCCGACCCACCCCCGUCCACGCUCUCUUCAUGGAUUGCACCCACGACAACGAGACCCCUGCCCAGAAGCGAGAUGCCCGCGAUACUCUCGCCAAUGCUGCUCUCGUAAGCAUGUGCUCGAGCGCCACCGGUAGUGUCAUGGGUUACGAUGAAAUCUACCCAAAGUUGGUAGAUCUUGUGAACGAGACCCGCCUCUACACGUCGGAGUCCUCCCACUCUCCACCUGAGGGUACGACCGGCAAUAACGGUAUUGGCGGCGUCAAGAAGCUUCUCAAUCAGAUCCACACACUCAUGGGCAAAGAUGCCUACGACGAAACCCACAUUCACCACGAGGAUCAGUACAUUACGGUACAUAGGGUCCAACCUGAUUCAAGAAAGGGCUACUUCCUUAUUGCUCAUACGGCUUUCCCGGGCUAUGGCAACGGCCGAGGAUCCAUUGCGCCAGUCGAGCUCAACGGAACCAAGGUAAAGCACCUCGGCAGCUGGAUGUUGGAGGUUGAUGCCAGUGACGAGGCGACGGCCAAGGUACUUGGCGACGACAAGUAUCUUCGUGGUCUUCCCAGCAAGGUGGCUGCUAUCAAGGGCGUUGAUAUCGAGCAAAGGGGCGGCGAUGCUAUCAUAACAGUCCGAGAAAAGUUCCCUCCUGGCAGUAUCGCUCUAUUCGAAACGUGGAUCCCGGCGGCUGAGCAUUCGGCAGGCCUUGACACAUACGUCACGUCCGGUAGUAAAGAGGCCUGGAAGGACCUCAAUCUCAUCGAUCUCAACUUUUUACUGUACCGCUGCGAUGCAGAGGAGAGGGACGCCAGUAGUGGUGCACAUGGCGUAUAUGAUAUCCCUGCCCAUGGCAAACUUGUCUACGCUGGUCUUCAAGGUUGGUGGAGCAUCUUGAAGAAUAUUGUUCACAACAAUGACUUGGCACACCCUCUUUGCCAAAAUCUUCGAGAUGGCGCCUGGGCUUUGGAUUUCUUUCAAGGACGAAUUGAGCGGCAAAGCAAGUUGGACGGCCAGCAGAGGCUCGUCGCACCAGCACAAUGGCUCAAGGACAGGUUCGAUGCUAUCAAAGCCAUCCCCAGUUUCCUGCUGCCUCGCUAUUUCGCCCUCGUUAUGAGGACCGCAUAUCAAGCGAGUUGGAACAAGUCUCUCGAACUCAUGUCGCCUAGCAUUGAGAAGAGCCAAUGGUUUCUUCAGAGUCUGGCCCUGGUCAGCGUCCAGCAAACUGGACUCGUCAAAUCUGCCUCGCUUUGGCCGGAAAAGAAGGUCCCAUCCAUUGCUGCCGGCCUACCCCAUUUUGCGGUAGAGUGGGCAAGGUGCUGGGGGCGUGAUGUGUUCAUCGCUAUUCGAGGCUUGUACCUUGGAACCGAACGCUUUGACGAAGCCAAGGAGCACAUUCUUGCGUUCGCUAGCGUUUUAAAGCAUGGUAUGAUUCCGAACCUGCUGAGCAGCGGAGACGCACCUCGAUACAACUCGAGAGACUCCGUCUGGUUUUUUCUCCAAGCCAUUCAAGAUUACGUGAAUCUGGCACCCAAAGGUGCAGACUUGCUGCAGGUCAAAGUACCACGACGCUUCCUACCCUAUGAUGACACUUGGUUCCCAACCAAUGACCCUCGUGCCUACUCCAAGGAGAGCACAAUCGAAGAAGUCAUCCAAGAAGCUUUACAGAGGCAUGCCACUGGUAUGAAGUACCGCGAAGCCAAUGCUGGACCUCAAAUUGACUCCCAAAUGAACGACGAGGGUUUCAAUCAGAGCAUUUAUGUAGACUGGACCACUGGCAUUAUUUUCGGUGGUAAUCAGUCCAACUGUGGCACAUGGAUGGACAAAAUGGGGGAAAGCGAACGUGCUGGCUCCAAGGGUGUUCCUGGAACGCCUCGCGAUGGUGCCGCUAUUGAAAUCACCGGGUUACUGUAUAGCACUGUCAAGUGGCUGGCAGGCCUACACAAGAAUGGCAAGUUUGCACACGCGGGGGUCAACAAGUCCGACAAUGGCUCUGUGCCCUAUGCCAAAUGGGCUGAGCUGCUCAAGGACAAUUUUGAGCGCUGCUACUACGUUCCUUUGUCUCCAAGAGACGACAGCAAGUACGACGUGAACCCCAAGGUUGUCAACCGCCGUGGCAUGUACAAGGAUCUGUACAAAUCUGGCAAGGAAUACGAAGACUACCAGCUGCGCUGCAACUUCCCCAUCGCCAUGACGGUUGCAUCCGACCUGUUUGACAAGACGCACGCCAUGGAGGCGCUGUGCCUGGCGGACCGCGUACUGCGUGGACCGACGGGCAUGGCGACGCUGGACCCAAGCGACCUCAACUACCGGCCGUACUAUCGAAACAGCGAAGACAGCGACGACAUGGCGACAAGCAAGGGCCGCAACUACCACCAGGGUCCGGAGUGGCUGUGGCCGACGGGCUUCUUCUUGCGUGCGCUGCUCAAGUUUGACCUGGCGCGGCGAACGACGCCGCAAGGCCGAACAGAGGCGUUUCAGCAGGUGACGAGACGGCUGGCGGGAUGCAAAAAGAUGAUUCAAGAGUCGGAGUGGGCGGGCCUGACGGAGCUGACGCAGAAAAAUGGAGAGUACUGCGCUGACUCGAGUCCUACACAAGCGUGGUCUGCGGGAUGCUUGAUCGAUUUAUACAUGGAUGCGCUGGAGGAGGCGGGACAACAAUAG